AUGUUCGGAUCGUUGCUGCAGGACCUAAUAGAGACAACAACAGGUGAGAAUGAAAAUAGAAAGAAAGAUGACCACCAGCACAAUGAGUUUGGCUCCAAAACGUGGUGCCUUACGCAGCCACCCGGCGAUGUAUUGCUCGAGGCUCAACGCAAAGCGCACCGCAACUAUGAACCGGUGCCUCGGGGGGGACCAACCUAUUUGACAUUGGGAUAUCCUAACGGUCCUUCUCCCGCCGUGUUGAAUCACACCCGCGACAUCGUUUAUAGAGCCGGGUUCAACUACCCGCUCAACUGGAAUUAUGAGGAACAUGUCGGACGAUCGGUUUCGGACGGUACACGUCUGCCCAACCCCGACCGGGAGCUGGGGAAAAUGAAAUGGCGAGCUGACAUCCCUCAACCUCUAACUUUUCCUCGUCCCAUCUCAAAAUUCUCUUACCCCAAUCCCUCUCUACAGUGGAGCAGCUCAAAUGUCCCACCAUUCCCACUCUCCUCGCCUCUCUGGAUAAGCGGACAUGGCCAUGUAAAGGACCUUUUCAAAGGCUCCUCUGCGCCCAAUAAGGACUCAAAUCAACUCGCAGAUAUACCCGCAGAACAGCCUGAAGAUCAAGAACCUGAAGAUCUAUCUGCAGCUCAACAGUUGGACAAGCUGUUUUGUGCAAUGUCCAGUUUGCGUGAACAUUUGCGCGACGACAUCCGCUGUUCAAUCAAGCCUCAAAUUAUGGAUGAUUUCAUGGAAAGGCUCAAGACGGUAUACGCGAAAAUGGUGUCUGAGCUGGAACUUCAAGGUGAUGACUCGAGCGGAAGUACCAACAAUAGCGAAACCAGCACCGUUACCCUCGGUAGGGAAAAAGGUACGUUAGUAAGGCCAUCUUUACUAUCCCCAUCCCGUUUUUAUGGUCCAGCCAUGGCCAGGAAACUAGCGGCGACACGGCCGAUGAUCCGGAGGGAAGUCUUCUAUCCCCGCUGUCCAAGCUCGGUGCAUCAUAAACCACAUUGGGCCAAUAAACCGUCCUACACACCCAUCCUGUUCUCAGUCGUGUCAUUAAAUCUUGAGGCUGAUCGGGCGACCAAACGUUUCCCGCCGCAGCUGUCACUCGCGAGACGGCAUCUGACGCGUUCCAUGCCGCGGUCACGCGAUUGGAUUCGCGGGGCAACAGCUGGACCUGGAAUGCGAAAUUAUACAUUUGGAUAUUUGGGCGAGGACUCUGAAGAUGAGGAGUCACCUACACCAUCGGCAGUAGAACACGAGACACCUAAAGACGAGGGCAAUAUAUCUUGGAAAGUUGAAGACGAAGAGGAAUCUACACCAUCAGCAUCUGAAGACGGUACACCUCAUAAUGAUGAUGAUAAUGAUGAUGAUGAUGAUGAUGAUAAUGCACCUGAUGACGGUGCAGCUGGCGGUGGUGCAGCUAAAGACGGGGCUCAUACAGACAAGGCAGACGAAGACUCCAAAGAUAAGAAGUCUCCAUCCAAAACAUCUGAAGAUGACAAACCGUCGGCAGUGGCACCUGAGGACCAGGCGCUUGAAGACCAGGCGCUUGAAGACCAGGUACUUGAAGAUCAGGCACCUGCGGAGGAACUAAGCCUGUUAAGCCUCAAGGAAAUCGAGAACCGAAUAAACCUUUAUAUCGCGAUACACGACGAAGUGGAAGCAAGACUGUUGGAACGCGAGAGACAGAUCAAAGAAAUGGAACGUACACAGGGAUUGUCACGACAUGUGAACAACGAGAGCAAGCUCCUCCGGGAGGCCCGCAAGACAAUGGAGGAGACGUUUCCCGAUUUUGAAGAUGCCAUCGACCAGCUUCAUGCGCUCAUGACACGCAAAGUGCAAGCAGUUGACGUCGAGCAGCAAUGGGAGAACAAACCCUCUGAUGAUAACUCUCCUGGAGAUACUACAUAUUUAAAUGCUUCGGCGAAAACAAGCUCCAUGGAUAGAAGAGGCAUAGGGAAAAGCCACCUAGAACAGAAGCCAUGCCUUGAUAAGGCCCUCGAUAGUUUGAAUACUAUUUUGAAGACGAUAUGGCAGGACGUCAACGAUGCUUUGUGGGAUGCGUCGCCCAAUGCGCCCCCCGCUCCGGCGUCUGAUGCGCCGUCCGAUGCAUCGCCCGAUGUGCGGCCGUCGCCCAAACGUAAACAUAAUAAAAAAGUUCGCUUCAAUCUAAAUGGCUCGCCGGCCGUCAGUAAGCCUAUAACGAAGGCUCAGCUGGAAAAACGUUUGGCAGCCGACAGUAAAACUAUAGAAAAAGUUCAACCUGAUGACAAAGGUUUGGCGGCCAACAGUGAGACCGUAGAAGAGGUCUGCUUCAACGAAAACAUUUUGGCAGUCAAUAAUGAGACCGCAGAAAGUAGCCAGUCCGGUGAAAAGGGGUUGGUAACCGACAGUGAAACCACAGAAAAACCUCAACCCGAUGAGAAAGGCCAAGUAGCCGACAAUAAAAUACUAGAAAGUGUUCAUUUAGAUGAAAAACAUUCAGGGGCCGAGAGUAAAACCGCAGAAAAACCUCAACCCGAUGAGAAAGGUGAAGUAGCCGACAAUAAAAUACCACAAAGUGUUCGGUUAGAUGAAAAACGUUCAUGUGCCGACAGUGAAACCGCAGAAGAAGUUCGAUCCGACGAGAAAGGUUCUGUGCCCGACAAUGGAGCUACAGAAGAAGUUCACUUCGAUGAGAAGCCUUUAGCGCCCGACAGUAAAGCCGCAGAACAAGAUCCGGCAUCCGAAAAUGAAGUCGUAAAAACAGUCCACCUCGUUAAAGAACGCUGGGCGGCCGACAAUGAAUGGAUGCAACAGAUUCGGUUGGAGGCAGCAAAACAAUCGCUUUUCCUGUCUCGGGGCAGAUCCGUAGCAUUAAUCAAUGUAGUCCACUUUCCUGACCAAGGAUCCAAAGUCGGCCCAUCCAACCGCCAUGGACCAGAUGACGACGAUGACGACGAACCUCAAAUCACCCCGAUGAGACCAGAACGGGAGCCCAAAACUGAAAAGAAGAAACCUAAGCGCUCAUGGCCGAAGGACAAAGAAGAUAUGAGGAAAAGGGAGAUCAAGAAAAACUGGAUGCGCCGGUUGCGUAGGGAAUUCAGGGACCCGGACGAAGAGGCAAUCGAGGACGACGAGGACGACGAAGAGACUGACGGCCUCCCACGCGACAGCGACAUGCGCGAGGAUCAGGAACCACAGGACGAUGGGGGAACGGAAAUGAUGAAGGACGUCGCAUUCCACGACGCGGACCCGCGCGAGGAAAGCGGCGAGUCAUCCGCAAUGGGGGCAGCGGCAGGAAUCCCGUCAAGAACCCGGCCGCGCGAAACCCCCGAUGAAAACAUAAGUAUCGACGAAGAGGAUGAGGCUGAGCUACCUCGUAAGGUUCGUAAGGUUGAUAAGGGAAAGGGUAUUGCACGAGAUUAA